AUUUUCGUCCUCCAAGUAUCAAUUGCAACUAUUUUGACCUCCAAGUUUGUUUUUUGUUCUAUGUAGGUCCAAUUGAUAACAGACAUGAGAAAAUCUGACGGAAAACUUGGGAUUGAGGUAGUUAGGACAUUUCAUGUUAUUUUUCUUGGACAAAAUGGUAUAUCUACUCUGUUCCCGCCAAACUCAGAGGAGGGCAAACUUGGUGCCCUAAAAGUGGCGCCAAAACCCUAUUUUACUCUUAUUAAUUAAAGGCCAAAAGGGGAACCUCUUUACAAUGGGGAAUCUCUGAGUAAAGGACAGAGAACAAGCCAGCUUUCGAAGAAGGGUUUUCAAAAUGGCAAUUCUUAGGGUUGGAAAAGAUGCACCAGUUUAUGAAAAAAACGACGCUAUACACUUCUCCAUCAAGAUGCAUUAUGAUGGAAAGCUUGUGGUUGGUAUAAAUACUAGGAGAUAUGUUGGGGGUAAAGUAGCUUUCUUUGACUGGGUGGAUACUGAUUACAUGGGAAUGAUAGAAUUGAAAGACAUGGUUAAGGAGUUGAAUUUAUUUGGCUCAAUGACUUAUCACUACAAAGUUCCUGCGAGGGAUCUAUACCAUGGGUUUAGGCACUUGGACGGUGAUAGUGAUUGCAUUGAAAGGGUUAAGUGGGUCAAAUUAAGCAAAACCAUUGAGGUGUACAUAGAAAACCAUUGUAACUUUUCUAAUGAAAACCAGCACCAAAGUACUGCAGUAGUCAUUGAGGAGGAGGAUGGGGAUGGGGAUGGAGAUGGAGAUGUGAAUCAGGGUGAUAGUGAUGAAGAUUACACACAUUCAGGUGAUGACACUACAAACUUGGAGGAAUUUGUAGAUAGUGAAGCUGAUGAGAGUGAAGAUGAUAGGCUUUUUGAUAUAUAUGUGGACAAAAAUGUGGAGUGGGGAGGGUUGUCCAUGGGAAAGGGAAAAGAGCCAAUGAGUACCAAAGCAAAUGACAAUGAAGACUCAGAUGCCGAGGGUCAAUCUGAUGAGUUUGUUAGCCUUUAUGGGUCUUCUGAUGAGGAAGCUAGAGAAGAACAUGAUCAGUUUAAUUCAAACAUAGACAUGGCAGACCCAAAGUUCAAGGUUGGGAUGAUUUUUUCAACAAGCAAGUUGUUCAAAGAUGUAGUUAAAGAGCAUGCCAUAAAGACUGCAAAAGCCAUAAAGCUUGUCAAGAUUGAUUCCCGUAGGGUCAGGGCUGCUUGCAAGAAGCCAUGUCAAUGGUCCUUGCUUGCAUCUAAGAUGCAAGGUCUAGAUAGUUUCCAAGUGAGGACCUACGAGAACACACACAACUGUAAAAAGGUUUUUCACAAUAGACAAGUGACUUCUACAUGCUUGUCAAACAAGUAUGUGGAGACCCUUAGAUCUAAUCCCACCUGGCUAGUUAAAUCCAUGAAAGACCAAGUUCAAAAAGAUCACAAGGUGGGGGUAUCUAGGUCUCAACUGUACAGAGCAAAGACAAAGGCCAUGGAGAUGAUUGAGGGUAGCCAUGUGGAGCAAUAUGCCAAGCUUCUAGACUAUUGUGAGGAGCUUAGAAGGACAAACCCUGGCACUACUGUCAUCAUGAAAACCAUAGAAGAUGAAGAAGGUGGAGGGAAUUCAAGGUUUGAGAGAUUGUACAUUGCUUUUGGGGCUUGCAAGCAAGGUUUCAUGGCUGGUUGCAGGCCAGUCAUUGGGUUAGAAUGGAUGCCAUCUUAAAGGCCCUUACAAGGGGCAGUUGCUUGUUGCUGUUGGGAUGGAUGGUAACAACCAGACUUAUGCAGUUGCAUAUGCUGUAAUUGAAGCAGAGAACAAGCCAGCUUGGAAAUGGUUUCUUGAGAUCUAAUCUGAAGAUCUUAAUAUAGGCUGCAACCCCAAUUUCACUUUCAUAUCAGACAAACAAAAGGUAAAUCUUAGUUUAAUUUCAAAAGUAAAUAGUUUUUCAUGUAUGCUAAUGUUUUUAGUUUAACUUUGCACGGUUUAAUUGCUGCUUGUGGAGAGGUAGCCCCAUAUGCAGAACACAGAUUCUGUAUAAGGCACUUCUACAAUAACUUCAAGGAACUACACAAGGGGUUACAUUUGAAUGAGCUGUUAUUCAAUGCAGCUAAGGCUACUCAUGUGGCUAGAUUUAACUUCCAUAUGGAAGAAAUGAAUGCAAUGAGGGGGCAGUAAAAUGGUUAGCUGAUCACUCACCUAUGUAUUGGUCAAGGUCCCACUUUAGGACAUUAAACAAAUGUGAUGUUUUGGACAACAAUAGGUGUGAAAGCUUCAAUGAUACCAUUUUAGAUGCAAAGUCAAAAACAAUCAUCCCAAUGUUAAGAGGUGAUAAGAUUCAUUAUGAUGGAGAGAAUGCAAAAAAGAAGAGAGAAAAUGAGGGAGCACACUAAUGUUCUAUGUCCCAACAUCAGGUCUAGGCUUAAUAAGAGGUCAGAUUACGCAAGUGCCAGUUAUGUGGCUGCUUGGUCAGGGGAGAGAAUGUACCAAAUCAAUUGCUUCAGUGGUGAACAAGUCACAGUUGAUCUUGCUUCCCACACUUGUACAUGUAGGAAAUGGGACCUCACUGGCUUUCCAUGUGCUCAUGCAAUGCAGCCAUUGAGUUCAAUCAUGAGAAUGUAGAUGAAUAUGUUGCCCAUUGGUUCACAAAACAUACUUACAUGGCUAGCUAUGAGCUAAUAAUCUAUCCAAUGAAUGGUGCAGACAUGUGGCCCAAUACAGGUGUGAUUGGAUCAUUGCCUCAAAUGUUUAAGAAACAAGCAAGAAGACCUAAGAAACUGAGGAAGAUGGGACUUGAUGAACCACAGACUGGCACCAAGUUGAAGAGAAGAAACACCACAAGCACAUGUACCCAAUGUGGUAUGCUUGGACACAACAAAAGAACUUGCAAAGGGCAACCUGUUACUCAAAAGCAAGGUACAACUAGGGAAAAGCUUCCAGUGAGUUGAAUUUCUUAUAAUUUGAGACUUUCUUAAUGCUUCUGUACAUUUAUGUAGUCAGUGUUUAAAAGAUGUUUAAUGUACAUGGACAUGUCAGAAAGAAGAAGAGCACUACAACUAGAGUGCAAGAGAGUGCAAGCCAACCAACCAUUGGGACCACUAGGACCAAUGCCAGCCAACCAGACAUGAGGACCAGUGGCAGCCAACCACAAGCAGCAAUGGGGACCACUAGGUCAUUCAAUAUGAGGGCACAACCACAAAUAGCUAUGAGGACAAUGGCUCAUCAAAAUUCUAGUCAACCUUUUGGGGGAGUGAUGGCCUAAGGAAAGAAGUCCAUCAAGUUGUCUACACUGCAGCAAGCCUCAACCAAGAGAGCUUGAGGUCAAAGGUGGCUUAGUAUAAGGGCACCACCACAAGGAAGCUACAUUGGUUUUUUGUCAUCAAGUUGCUCAAGUGGUGUAAACUGUGUUUUUUUGUCUUUUUUUUUCUGUUGGAUAUGGCUACUCUUAUGGACAGUUUAUUUUGUCAUGAAAUUGCUAAAGUGGUGUAGACUGUCUUAUGAAUUUUAUUGUUGGGGACAAAAUCUUUUGUAAUGUUGUUAUGGGGUAUUAGCCAAACACUGUGUCUUAUGGUUUAUGAAUGCCAAAAGUGGCUUGCUUUGUGAA